AUGCCAGGCAAUUGUGGCGCCUCACUCACAACAAUCCAAACGCGCAACCCAAACCACUCCCAGGGCACCCCUUUUGCCUACAUACCUUCCAAGUUCAGAAACCCACACCCUUACGCCAACGCGCCAAACGCACCACUACAAACCCAGCCACACGCUCACGCGACAAAGCUCUUUCUCAUGACUACCAUCGAAAACCUUAAGACUAUCGACCCCUUCGCGGACGCGGACGAGGGCGAUGCCAACAACGCCCAGAAGAAGGGCCAGGACUACAUUCACAUCCGUAUCCAGCAGCGCAAUGGCCGUAAGACUCUCACUACCAUCCAGGGCCUGCCCAAGCGAUUCGACCAGAAGAAGAUCCUCAAGGUCAUAAAGAAGAAGUUUGCCUGCAACGGCACCAUCGUGGAGGACACGGACCUCGGCGAGGUUAUUCAGCUCCAGGGUGACCAGCGCAAGGCCAUUCACGACUUCCUCAUCGAUAAGCAGGAGGGCCUUGAGAUGGACUCCAAGCUCGUCAAAGUCCACGGCUUCUAAACAAGCCGUCACUGCCAGGAGGCGCCGUCUCCCCCUCGCAGCCGACCGGAUCCCGGUGACACCAUCCCCUCGGGGAAGACGACACGAUUACCGAUCAGCUCCAAUUACCUCUUCUCGUCCUUUUUUAUUAUUUUUUACCCAGCUUGUCACACAAACAGAAACACUCGUGAAGAGGGUUAAAACCGAUUAGCUCCGAGAUUGGGACAAAGGACUGCUCUGAAAGGUCGAUUCCAAAAAACUUUUUUGCGGGGAUGGAGAAAAACUGGGAGGAUCUUAAAGGUGCCUGCGGGAGAUUUACACAACGAUCCGACAACCUGUGACCCGGAAUGGGGUUUUGAGGGGGCGACUCGGAUCGCGUAUGGUGUGUCACGCUGGAAACUGGCAAUGGGAUUUUCAAUGGUCUUGGUGAGGCUUUUUCGAGGGCCUGUUUUGUCAAAUGCACCGUUCUGUGACAGCAGUGUCGAACGACAACUUGAACAAGCAUAAGAUACGAACGAUUACUACUUUUGAGCAUUACGUCCGGUCACAAAUCUGUCGGCCCUAACUAGCUAGGUUCCGAUGUUCAGGGCUACUGGCAAAGCUGCGAGAGGCCAACCACCAACACUUCGUGCGGCUGUCAUCGGGUAAUCCGACCGCCGCAGGACAUGUGACGCAAAGGACACAGAGUGAUUCGAUACCGUCUUUAGGAUGACCAACCCUCCCUGUCGUGUAUCGCGUGCAUUCCAUGUGGUAUCUCGUAAGUCACUGUCAUGACAAUGGG